UAAAGUUCAUGCUUACUCCUGCACUUUUUAACCAAAUUCGAUUAACUCCUAACACCUACCCAUUUCAUUUCAGCCAAAGUAAUUGGCUUCUGGUGGAUGGCUGCAGGAAUGUGAAGAAAAUUCAAGAUAAGCCAAGAGCGCAGAGAUAAGAAGGACAGAAGAAAAUGACUUUUUUUACAUAAAAGACGUUACUUUAUUAGUUGGCUUUAUCUUCAAAAGCUUAUCGCUUCAGGAUUGAGCUUCACUGCUGUCUUGGUCAUUUAAUGCUGAGGUGGGUGUUUGGUCUUUGAGUUCAGUUUCCAACUGGGUUCUUCUUGCUUUUGUUGAAUGAUGUGAAGUUGUGAAGUCAUGCGGCAUGGGAAAAUUUCUCUCAUAUCAAUUUCAGUUGCAGUUCACCUGAAUAGGCUGACGUGGUGGUGAGUCUAGCAUAAUUAAUUGGCCAAUGGGAUUCUGCCUGUCCUUGCUUUUCUUUCUGGCUUCUCUCCCUAUCAUAUUUGCGCAAGAUGUUAAACAUGCUACAAUUGUGGUUGAUGGGACUGUCACAACCGCUGAAACUGAUGAUAAUUUCAUAUGCGCUACCCUUGAUUGGUGGCCUCAUGAUAAGUGUGACUACAACCAAUGUCCAUGGCACUAUUCAUCUGUCAUAAAUUUGGACUUGUCUCAUCCUCUUCUAGCAAAAGCUAUCCAAGCUUUCAGGUACUUGAGGAUAAGAAUUGGAGGUUCUUUGCAAGACCAAGUGUUGUAUGAUGUAGGAAAUUUGAAUUCUACUUGCCAUCCAUUUAGAAAGAUGAAAGAUGGGUUGUUUGGAUUUUCAAAGGGAUGUUUACACAUGAACCGUUGGGAUGAGCUGAAUCAUUUAUUCAGUAGAACAGGGGCCAUUGUGACAUUUAGCUUAAAUGCCCUCCAUGGUAGGCACCAGAUCAGGAAGGGUGUUUGGGGAGGAGCUUGGGAUUCAAGUAAUGCUUAUGAUUUUAUGAACUACUCCGUCUCAAAGGGAUACAAGUUAGAUUCAUGGGAAUUUGGUAAUGAAUUGAGUGGAAGUGGCAUUGGUGCCAGUGUCAGUGCAGAACUCUAUGGGAAAGAUGUGAUCAACCUUAAAGAAAUUAUCAAGGAUUUGUAUAAGAAAUCUAAUUUCAAACCUUCACUUGUAGCACCUGGAGGAUUUUAUAACCAGCAGUGGUAUGCUAAACUUCUUCAGGUUUCAGGUUCAGGCAUAGUCAAUGUUAUGACUCAUCAUAUAUACAACUUAGGUGCAGGUUAUGUCAUUUAUAAAUCAGAAAUCUCCACGUAUGGCUUCGAAUCUAGUGGAGUAUUUUCUUCUGAUGGAUUGGGUGUUGAUCCCAACCUUGUGAAUAAGAUAUUAGAUCCCCAUCAUUUGAGCAAGAUAUCAGAAACAUUCAGUGGUAUUGUGCAAACCAUUCAACAGAAUGGUCCUUGGGCUUCUGCUUGGGUUGGAGAAUCUGGAGGUGCCUAUAACAGUGGUGGUCGUCAUGUGUCUAAUACUUUCGUGAAUAGCUUUUGGUACUUAGAUCAGCUUGGAAUGGCAGCCAAGUACCAUACAAAGGUAUAUUGCAGGCAAACAUUAAUUGGCGGAAACUAUGGUCUUCUCAAUACAACCACAUUUGUUCCCAAUCCUGACUAUUACAGUGCCCUUUUGUGGCAUCGGCUUAUGGGGAAAGGUGUUCUAGCUGUUGGAAGUGAUGCUUCACCACAUCUGCGUGCUUAUGCCCAUUGCUCAAAAGGACGAGCAGGUAUAACUUUACUGCUAAUCAAUUUAAGCAAUCAGACUGAUUUUAUAAUCAGUGUUCGAAAUAGUAUGACAAUGAGAUUGCACGUGGAAAAGAAAUUAAUUCAGAAAGAAAACUCUUUGACGCGUGACCUUAAGAGAUCAGUUUCGUGGGUCGGAAAUGAAGCAUCCAACGGAGCAACCAGGGAGGAGUAUCAUCUAACUCCGAAAGAUGGGUACCUUCGAAGUGAAACCAUGGUUCUAAAUGGAAUCCCAUUAAAACUCACUGAAAGUGGAGACAUCCCAAGAUUGGACCCUGUCCACAAUAAUGUGAAUUCUCCUAUAUAUAUAAGUCCUUUGUCCAUUUCAUUCGUAGUGUUCCCUAAUUUUGAUGCUCCCUCUUGUGCAUAACUGGCUGCACUUAGCUUUAUAAUUAUUCUGUGUUGUAUAUGAAGUUGCAGAAAGUGUAAUUUGGUUGUAAUUGUAAUUAUGACAGGUUAUAGCUUAUGCUAUUAUGUUAUGAGGCAAGGAUGUUAGAAUAAGAUGCAAUGCAUCACUUGAUAGUUGAA